AUGAUAGCAGCUCACAACCAGACCUCCUCCCGGGCGGGUUCUCGACUCGGUCAGCUCGAGGACAUCGGCACCGGGACAGCAAACCAUAUCGCUGAUAAAAUCCAAGGGUUAGGGGAAGUGAAAGAGGAGCGUAAUCACGAGGCGCCACGUCGCGACGAGUCUCCGAAACAAAAUUCGACAACGAUGCCGAAUACAACCCCAUCUGGUGGAAUUCAGGAGGACGACGAUGACGACGAAGAGGAUGAUGAGGAUGGGGUGCGAGUAGGGGAAAUGGAUGAGGAGGAGGACGACGAGGAGGUGGAAUCCGUCAGGGAGAGGGAGAUUCCAGGUCCCGAGGUGGUGGAACCCUCGAUAACGAGCAACGGCCGUAGGGGAACAAUAGGGGUGGGAAUGGGUAUGGUAAUGAAGGAUACAGGUAUGGGGGUGAAAGAGCCAUACUCGAGUGGGGGUGGCGGCAUGGGCGGGUACUGGAACAGGCAGAGUAGACCCUCCAGUCCCCGCAUGCCGCCUCCGGAGCAGCCGGAGACCAGGCCGAAGAGCCGAUAUGAGCCGGUGCAACCGGCAAGGUACAAUAACCUUGGAUAUUGGAGAGCCAGACGUGUUACAUUCUACAAAAAUGGGGAUCCCUAUUUUCCCGGAGUCGAAUUCAGAUUUAAACCCGGACGAGACAUCGGCUCGUUGGAAGCCUUGUUGGACAGGUUGUCCCUGCGCCUGGACCUCCCGAGAGGAGCACGCCAUAUCUUCUCCAUGGAUGGGGAUCGAAAACUCAACCUUGAUGAACUGGAGGACGGUGCCUCGUAUGUCGUCUCUAGCUACAAAAGUUUCAAGAGCGUACCUCUUUUGGUCCGAUCGAUAAGCGAAGAACCAAAAGGUUGGUAUAAAUUUCCUGCAUAA